UUGCCAAUCGUUGGUUUCGUAAUCAACAAAAAUCAAUGGCGAGACUCUUCGUCUCCAUCCCUAUGCUAACGGCAUCGUCGGCGUUUUCUCAGCCUCUGUUUCAGCAGCCGGCGAGAAAUUUCGUCGAUGUAGGGACGGGGGUACCAUGUCUUAAUCGGAGAAUCAGCGACUGUUCUGUUGUGGCGCGAGCAGGGCCCAGUACGAGUAGCUACUUGCUCGCGUUCGCAAUUCCCGCUACUCUUAUAGCCGCCACUGUUUUCACUUCAGCCAAAAUCGCGGAUAAGCUCGACGAUGACUUCCUUGAAGAUAUUGCGUUGAACCAAGCGAUAAAAGCAGCAGAAGAUGGAGAGAAUGGUCAAGGUGAAACCUCUCUGGACGAUUUGAUUAAAGAACCUGUGCUUCAACGAACCCGUAAACGGCCGAAGCGUGAAGUUUAAGCAAAACACACUUAAAUCAAAGAUCCAUUCCGAUGACUGUGUAAUACUAAUAUGUUGUGCUUGUAUAAGGAUUGUAGCCUUUUUGGUCACAUUUUAUAGUUGUGGUUACUAAAAAAAAAUAUAUAAUUUGAUUAUUUAAAAUCA